AUGAGCACUACGGAAACAGCAGAAACCACUACUGAAGAGUGGCCGGAGACGAUCGUCACCGGACCUGAUCAGGAACUGUCUACGAUCUCGUAUACAUCUACAGACUACCCAGAUACCCCAGAAGCCACAGCAGAAACAACGGAAACUUCUGAAGCCGUCACCUGGCCGACGAUUCCGGUGUCCCCAGACUCAACGCCCGAAAUUGUAACCCUCACUACGGAAAGAACAACCGAAACCGAUUCCGAGCCGACGGAGGUCACGACAGAAUCGGAGGCACAAUCUACUCAAGAAAGCGCACAAACGACACUCGAGCCUCCGGAGCCAACAACUGAAAACUUUUACUCGGUUUUCCCGGAUUCGACGCCGGCAACGCUGGAAACCGAGUCUACUCUUUCUACAAGUGAAGCCGAAACGACCAUGGAACCAGAAAAAACCACGUUUAAAGAAAUUGAAAUCUUCCCCGAGCCGCCGUUGUUCCCCGAUGGAGAUGAUGAAAGUGAUCCAACCACUGGAAAACCCAGUCAAUUCACAACCGGCCUGCCACUGCCAGGGCUUACUACAACUCUUGCACCUGACGACUAUGUUGGUCAGGCCUGUGCGCGAAGAUCACAGGCAAUCUGGGCUCUCAUCUGCGACCUCGGCCAGCUGUCGAAGGACCACAAAGCCAACCCCAUCGUC